AUGAGACUCUCAGCGGCGUUACCUUGGAUUGCUGCAUCAGAGGGAUCUUCAUCAGACCAAGAAUAUGAUGUACCUCAACACGGCGGAGACAAUCAUCAUGGCCAAGGACCGUACAAGUCGGCGGAGUAUUUGACUACAACUGACGCUUUGCAGCUUGAUGCGCUAUUUUGCAAAGACCCGUGGGUCUCGCACCAUCCUAUGCCUCCAAUGUCUCAGUGUCUUGGCCCUGAUGUACUUGGCUACAUGCGCCCGAUUUUGCAGAGUAAAAUUUGUGACAAUGUUCAAGAUUGCUACGACGGAUCUGAUGAGGAUGGAAGUCUCGCGAUCUGCACUAACCAAUUAGAAGCUGAAAAAACCGAUCUUGGGUGCUGCAAAACCCUUCACAUGAACUGGAAGGACCAUGUCUGUACCGCAAAUGGAACAGAAAAUGGUAGGGAUGUUUACUGGUGCGAUGGGCCCACUGCAGAACGAUUGGCAUUUGGUGAUCGUGGAUGGACUGCUUAUUCGAGUAGCGGAUCGAAGCUGGCAUGGAGCUACACAGGUGACAGUCAAUUGCCUUGUGUUGGUGAUAAUGGAGAAUUCGAUCGAGUUUUUAAUUGGGGAGCUACUCCCUUAGAACUUUCUUGCCCACAUGGAGGUUCUAUUGUGAAACUUCAGCCAUGCGCCAGUCACGAUUGCGCGGACGAUGAGCUUUGCGUGAACAAUGAAGAUGAAACUACAUUUUCUUGCAUUCCUCGGCCCACAACAACACCAGCAAUAACUACAACGAUCUCAUCAGAAGGAACUGUAUGGUUUGUCGGAUAUAACGACACAGUCAACUACGAUCAAGCAGUUGAAAAUUGCUCAGCGCUUGCUCAAGAAUUUGCAGAUACUGUCGGCUACCCACCAUUCUUUAGAAAUGAAAGAGAAUAUGAUAUUUAUCGUCGGCAAGUAGAAGUUCGAAAAGAAUGGCUAGGCUACGAGCAGCAAAAUGGUGACACAACCCAGUGGCUUAAUGCCGACGGGUCAAAUACAAGUUUUACGGAUUGGGACGACGAUUGGGAUCCAAAUCAACCUAACUAUGACCACCAGCCUUGUGUAAUAACUGGCUACGAGAAUCAACUUGAGUGGCAUGACGUUACCACAACAACAACCACCACGACUACGACAACAACAACGACUACAACUACAACAACCACGACAACAUCAACAGUCACCUCGGAAGGUGCAGUUUGGUUUGUCGAACAAACCGAUGGGCCAGUUUCAUAUGCGACGGCCAAAGCGAAUUGCGCGGCAAAAGCUCUAGAAUUCGAAAACACUGUUGGAUAUCCAUCAUUUUUCAGAAAUCCACGAGAAUGGGAGAUUUACAGUAAUUAUGUGACGGAACGACUGGAAUGGCUCGGCUACGAGCAGCAAGAAAAUCAUACGAUGUGGCUCAAUGCCGAUGGCUCAGAAGUGACAUUUACUUUUGGGAUUCGCCUUGGCAGCCAAACAGAGAUGAUCAACCUUGCGUUAUUACCGGCUGGUCUGGAAUCAGAAAAUGGCAUGAUAUUCACUGCACCUAUGGAAACACCAAUUAUUCCUGCCGAUUUAAGUCUUCUACGCUGGUAA